AUGCGUGAUGUUAUUGACCUCAUAUCAUCGGACCCGCCUCUUCCUGAGAGCUCGAGACCGCCGAAUAAGCCAGCUGCGACGCGUCAACCCCCGGCCCGCCUCACGACGAACUCGGCGCUGAUAUCGUCUGACUCGAUCGACGUGUCCGUCUUCAACCACGAUGAUUUCCUCGACAAACCCGCGAAAAAACGCCGAGUGAGCAAUGAAAAGGGCUCACCUCUUAGGCAAACCCUUACGGCGCAUGGGCCUACCCGGCCAGACCGAAAUCAUAUCUUCUCCUUCUCAGACGAUGACUUCAGCCUCCCGCCCUCGAACCCCGCGGCGCAGAAGAAACACCUAGGCUGCGAUAUUGAAGAAUCCGAUCCCAUUGUUUUCACCUCCUCCGCCCCAAUAAUUUCUAAGCAUGAGUCUUUUGCACUGCCCAAACCACCUCCCGAAGUCAUUACGCUCGAUGAUGAGGACGAUGUUUGGAGGCUUCCAGGGAAUGGAAACACAAGACGUGCAAGGCAAGAUGAGAUAGAGGAGUUCAGUGAUCCGUUUGCACUUCCGGAGUUUGCGGAUACUUUUGCGCUAUCUGGAACGAGGGAAUGCGCCUCCCACUCCGGGUUCUCUAGCAACACUGCUGCGUUGUUAUCUACCCUGCACACGGCACCAACGAGAAGUGGUACUCGAUCCGACAUCAAGGCCAGGCCCCGUUCUCAAAAAGGAAAAGGCGCCAGGAUGGACACUCCGCCAGCUGCUUAUUUCUCCGACGAAAUAAAUGAACCUGUUGAACCACAGCGACCCGCAAAGAAGUCAGGCAAACUCACAACAGAACAGAAGGAGGCUAGGGCCAAGGCCCGAGCUGAAGUGAAGGCACAGCGAGAUCACGAACGCCAGCUCGAGAAGGAGCGGAAGCAAAAGCUGAAGGAAGAAAAGGCCAAGGAGAAGCAGUUGGCAGCGGACAUUGCUGAAGUCAACAAGCUCAAAGUGGAUAAGAAGGACUCCACACCAGAGAUGAUUCUUGAUUUGUCCCGCUCCCUGGAAGGAACCAGUGUUGGCAACCAGGCCGUUGAAUUCAUGAAGCGACUUAACGUUGAGCAUGGUUUUUUCACGGGCCCGAUCGCGAACGUAAUCAAAUGGCGUCGAAAAAUGAACGCCACGUAUAAUGAAGCAGCUGGUCAUUGGGAGCCAUGUGCAUUUCACAUCUUGGAAGAAAAACAUGUGCUCUGUUUGGUACCUGCACAAGACUUUGUCGACAUGGUCAUUGAAGCCCCAAAUGGCGAAGAGAGAGAAUCAUUGGAACUGCAUGUCCUCAAGAUCAAGAGUGCCUACCCGCAUUGCACAGUCAUCUAUCUCAUUGAAGGACUCACGUCUUGGAUGCGCAAGAACCGGAACUCCCGAAACAGAGCCUAUCAAGCCGAGGUGCUGCGUCAGUUUGAACCGGAACCAGCUCCCACCCAGACAUCCACGGCGCCCCGUCGAGGCAGGAAACCCCAAAAUAAACCAGAGAGUACCCCACCUGUCGACGACGAUAUGAUCGAAGACGCCCUCCUCGCGCUACAAGUGACACAUUCAUGCCUCAUCUAUCACACGAAUACACCACCCGACUCGGCGGAAUGGAUCAAGAUUUUCACGGAGCAUAUUUCUACCAUUCCCUACCGACGGGAACGAAUGGAUGGCCAUGACGCGGCUUUCUGUAUGGAAAAUGGCCAGGUGAAAUCUGGGGACGACAAGCUUGACACAUUUGUAAAGAUGCUCCAGGAAGUGAAUCGUGUCACUGCGUCCAUGGCAUAUGGUAUUUCAUCACAGUACUCCUGUGUCACUGACUUGGUCCGGGGUAUGCGCAUGCAUGGGCCCACUAUGCUGGAGGAUGUCAGGAAAUCUGCGAACAAAAACGGUGCUCUCACCGAUUCUCGCGUGGGCCCCGCGGCCAGCAAGCGACUGUACAAAGUCUUUACUGGGCAGGACCCGAAUUCCACGGACGUCUAG